AUGUUGUUCAACACCCUAUCAUCUGCUCUGCUGCUGGCAGCAACUACCUCUGCCCUCCCCGCCGAGGUGCAGCCCCGAGCAACAAACCAAUACCUCACAGACUCACACACUGCCAUCACCGAGCUCCAAACCUUUUACAACUCUCCCCGUCCCGGUUUCUGGAGCGCAGGCUGGUGGAACACUGCCAACUGCCUCACUCUACUCGCCGACCUGCGCGCCAAAGAUAGUUCCUCAUUCCUGACAUCCAUCACCGAUGGCCCCAAUGGCGUCUUCAAACAUACACUUAGCAGCCAAGGCAAAGACACCACUGGAGCACUCAACUGGGACGACUUUUUCGACGACCAGUUGUGGUGGGUAGUCGCGCUGAUCAAAACCUACGAUGUCACAAAGGACACCAGUUACCUCAUCACCGCAAACGAAACUUUUGCUUCGGUAAACCUAAACAACAAGCCGGCAAACAACCCUUGCGGUGGCCUCGCAAACGCAUACCCUCACGAGCAAUACCUAGUCAAAAGCAGCACAAUCGCCACAGUCCUCUAUGUAGAAGCCGCGGCUCUGCUCGCCGUCCGCUACCCUUCUCAAAGCAAAUACUUUGUCAACCUCGCCAAAACCCAAUGGAGCUGGUUAUCCAAAAAUAUCCUCAUCGAUGGGAUAAUGCAAGGAGAUGCACUGACCGGCUCCCCGCCUUCUUGCGGCAACAAUCACGCCUUUUUGACGUACAUCGAGGGCGUAGCUCUACAAGCACUGGUUGCUCUUUACCACGCCACUAACGAUGCCUCCUACCUCACCACCGCCGACACGCUCGCCACAAACCUGCUCUCGGGCAAAUACGGCAUGAUGGACACCAACAAAAUCGCCCAAGAAUUCUGCGACGCGGAUGGAUCCUGUAAUCCCGACACCGCACAAUUCAAGGGUGUAAUGAUGAGAGGCUUGCGUACAUUGCGCGAUGCAAAGCCUUCUGCUGCUGGAGGUGCCAUUCAAAGUUUCUUGACCAAGAAUGCGGAUUCCAUCUGGGCAAACAGUAGACAGAGCGGUACGAAUCUGCUGGGAGAAAAGUGGGCGGGUCCGUUUGCGUUGGGCAGUAGUCAGGCACUGCAGUUGAGUAGCCAUAGUUCGGCUACCAUGACUUUGGUGCAGGCGGCUUUGGCUAGCAUGUAA